CCAAAAAGACAUGGUUACUAGACUUUUACUAUAAUAAAACAUGGUUAAUUUUCGUGACAUACAAAUGUGUAUGUACUAAUUAGAACAUAAUUUCCAGCAAACUAGUAGUUUUAUGUUGUUGUGUAGUAAAAGACAGCCCAUGUGUGCGCGCCCCACCCACGAGCUGCAGCGGGCUAUUUAAAGCGUGAGACCAUCAAUGCAACAUUACACAUCAUGCUGGAUGUGUGCUUACCUCAGGAUUGGAUUAUUAAACACAGUCAACUCAACUUUGUGAUCUAUCAAACGAAGUAGCAAGACUUACUGUCAGCUCAGGAUUUAUUCUUUAUUAUCUUUAUUAAAUAUGAUUCCAGUGCAGCUGCUCUCAGCUUGAUAGUGGUGUGUGGUUGCAGCGCGCUCGCGGACGCAAUGCAAGCAAACUUCAGUCUGGAUAAUGACAUUCAGUCCAGCUUCCUCCAGCGGCGGCUGAAGAGCCAGGAGCGCAGGGAGAUGCAGCGGGAGAUCCUCUCCAUCCUCGGGCUGCCGCAGCGGCCCCGUCCGCUCCUGCAGGAGAGGCACACCGCGGCUCCCAUGUUCAUGCUUGAUCUGUAUAAUAACGCCAUCCUGGAGGACUCUUAUAAACCGGCGUACACCACCCCUGGACCCCCGAUGCUGACCCAACAGGACAGUCACUUUCUCAGUGAUGCCGACAUGGUGAUGAGUUUUGUCAAUCUGGUGGAUCUAGAUGAAGACCUCCGUCUCUAUCAUCAGCACCACAGAGAGUUUCGUUUUGACCUGUCCCGCAUACCGGCAGGAGAAACCGUGACAGCUGCGGAGCUCCGCAUCUACAAGGACUUCAUACACGAGCGCUAUGAAAAUGAGACUUUCCUUGUCAGUGUGUUCCAGGUGCUCCAACAGCAGCCCAAAAGGGAGCUGUACCUGCUAGACUCACGAGUGGUAUGGGCGGCAGAAGAGGGAUGGCUGGUAUUUGACCUCACGGUCACCACUAACCGCUGGGUUAUGAACCCAGGUCAGAACUUGGGACUGCAGCUCUCUCUGGAAACCGCAUACGGUGAAAGAAUGAACCCAAGGAGAGCAGGUUUGGUGGGCAGCACUGGACCUCGGAAUAAGCAGCCAUUUAUGGUGGCGUUUUUGAAAGCGUCAGGAAUCCAUCUCCGUAGUGUUCGCUCAGCAUCAGGAAACAAACAGAGGGGUCACCACCGCUCUAAAACCCCCAAAGCUGGUGUCGCGCCCAGCCAGGUGGCUUUGAAGACAGCUGAGGCCGCAGAGGGUGCCAGUAUAGACCCCAAACAGGGAUGCAAGAAGCAUGAACUCUAUGUCAGCUUUAGAGAUCUGGGAUGGCAGGACUGGAUCAUUGCUCCAGAGGGUUACGCUGCGUACUACUGUGAGGGGGAAUGUGUGUUCCCCUUGAACUCUUAUAUGAAUGCCACAAACCAUGCUAUUGUACAGACACUGGUCCAUUUCAUAAACCCAGACACAGUCCCGAAGCCCUGCUGUGCUCCUACUCAGUUACAUGGAAUCUCUGUUUUGUACUUUGAUGAUAGUUCCAACGUAAUAUUGAAAAAGUACCGCAACAUGGUCGUCAGAGCCUGCGGAUGCCACUAAUUACUACGCAUGCCCUGGAAAAAAUAAGGGAUGCAAAUACUUUUCAAGAGCCAGAGAGGAAAGAGACUCAUUACUGGAGCAAAACUGGACUCCUUUGUUAGAGGAGUGUACAUCCAAAGCAUACAUUUUCAUUUAAAACUCAAAACUCCUGGAACUGUAUGAGGUUGACCACAGCUGAGUCAAGUGUGUGGUGUUCUGGCUUUCAUUUCUGCACAGAGAGCCAAGUUUGGAAUAUCAAAGAGGACAUGAGCAGAGAGAAAGAACUGGCCUUAGAGAUUUAACCAGACUGAUCAGGAAAAAGGCAAUGGAUUGCUUUAUGGAGACUUCUUUACAAAAACCACUCAUAAGAUGGCAUGAAUUCACUGAAGUAAUUCCUGGAAAAUUCCUGCCAUGAUUUAUCUUGAACUUAUCUGAGACCACUAGUAAAAAUGUUUCUAUUGGGGAUUUUCUUAUUUAAUUUUUUUUCUUCUUCUGUUAACAACUAAGCAUAACAAUGUGAGUUAAAAUGACCGGGAAUGGGAAAAAAUUUGAGCAUCUUAUGUACUUCAAUGGAAGAAUUCAGAAUAUCUUUUUUUCGUUUUACAUCAUAAUGUCCCUUUGUUUAAAAUUCGGGUUAUUUCCAGGUUUAAAUUAGAUGAUGAAUCACAGAAUUUCCACGUGGUUGUAGACUUUUAGACCCACUGUUUUUUGCACGAGAUGUGAAAUAGAAAUGCAAAUGAUGGGUGUCCGUUACAGUGAGUCAAAGCAAUGGUUUUUAAUUUCAGUCUUUCAGGACACUCAACAAACCCUUACACAGAUGUUCAGCACUCGAUUAAACAGGUCUGCGGAAAAUAUGCAACUCAAUUUUGCCUUGGAAUCACUUUGGUUUCGUCACAUACAUGAAAGAACACGUGUUUUCUCUUAGCAGUAUCAGUCAUUCAGUUCAUAAAAAGCCCAUGUGCCUGUAUUUGGCUUUUGAAGGGUUUCAGAAGAGUCAAGAUCAGUGUUUACAGCGCAAUUGGUUAUUUAUUUUCUGUGAAUUUAUUCUCUUUUGGUCUCAUUUACUACUUGUGGUGUUAUUAAUGGUAUCUUGUUUUAGCUAAUCAUAAGUGCUUUUAGUGCUAUGCUAAGCUAAUAGGCUAAGCUGUUAUCUUGCUAACUAAAGGUCACUGAAAAAAAAACAAAGAAAAGGAAAUGCUUAAUUUUACUAUUUUUAUAACUACUGCAAGAUAAUGUGACAUGUAACUUGAAAUACAUCAACAAUUAUUUUCAUAAGACUAAAUAAAGCAAGGAUUUAAGUAAUUUUUAAUCAGACAACAAAUAAGAGUAAACAUAAAAAAUUGGAUGGGAUCUUUCUGGAGUCUAAGGUAGCCUAUAAAUUUCAGAUCUUGCACAAGACCAAAUUAUUGUGAAAGAGGCAACAUUUUGAAACACAAAAACACACCUUAUAUUGAUUAAUUAUGUGUUAAAAUGUUCACACACAGGAUUUACGUACAUAUAUGCGUGUAUGCACCAUUAGUGAAUGAACCCUUUGUUGUGAAGAGUGUGAAUGUGUGUGGGUCAUCUCAAGGGUCAGUAUUGCAGUAUGUGUCCACCAGCAGUAUCAGAUUCAUCACUUAGCCUGUCCUCGCCUGUGAAGAGCGGCCAGGCCAGCAGGUGGGCGGUAUCAGGAGAGAGCAAUUGGUUAUGAUCUGAACAUUAGGAAUAAAUCAAAUGAUAAAAUGAAAUGAAUAAAACUGUCUAAAGAGGAGCAGGUGCGUUAGAUUUUGGCAGACGAAAAUGUGACCCGUGCAGCUGUUCCCAAUAACAUCGAUACAAUACGACAUUGUAGCUGUGCGUUAGCGUCAAAGAGGCGCUGGUGGAAAAGAUGGCCUUCAAAACCAGAUGGUUAGAGAACUGAGAAAACAUACAGUUUGUUUCUCUAUGUUGUGAAGAAAAUCCCAAAUGACCCCUUCUCAUUAAUCAAACAAUGCAAAUGCAAAUAUUCUAAGAAUUUAUGUUUUGCGUUGUUUUAUGGGAGGGUUUCCACUUGGACCUGAGAAUGUUAAUGAUUAACUCUCUAGGCAUUACACAGAUCCCUUGUUCAGAAAUAGGAUGUAAAACAGUAUGCAUUAUGCAAAUCUUUUAAACAGUAGUAUGCUACAUUAUUGUUGCAUGCCCUCAUUAUAUUGCAUGUUUAAUUCAGCAAGUGGUUUCUGCUUAUCUCAUGAAGUUGUAUACAUCUGAGAGGUCUUGUUGCAGCAAAGCAGCAUUAUUAUGAAAUCGAUUGACGUCAGGUUUAUUUAUUAGAUCUAUGAGUUGCAUACUAUGCUAUAAUACAGAAAAUAAAAGUAGCAUGGAAACAUAUAUUCUAAACUUAGCCCAUGAUUUGCUAGUUGGAAGCAGGUGGUAUUUUUACAACAACAUAUUUUUUUUUUUCAAAUGUAUAAUAAUGCAUUUCUAAAAUAAUUUAUUCUAUAAUAAAAUAAUUUAUAACAAUUUCUAUUUCCAUUCUAGACAGCAUAUUAUUGGACAAAACAUA